AUGGGGGUGUGUGCAGGUCCGUGCAGGUCUGUGCUGGUCUGCCUGACCCUGCUGGUCUCCUCGGCCCCCCCUCUGACCGCCUGGGACGCCGAUCUGGAGCUGCUGGACCUGGUGGAGGAGAUCCCGCAGACCUUCUACCAGUUCCUGUCCGUGGACCAGGUCCGAUCGUCAGCUGCAGAGAUAAAGAAGGCGUAUCGACGGCUGUCUCUCUUUCUCCAUCCUGAUAAGAACAAAGACGAAAAUGUAACUCAGUUCAGACAACUUGUCUCCAUCUAUGAAGUCUUGAAGGAUGACGAGAGACGACGCAAGUAUGAUGACAUCCUGGUGAAUGGGCUUCCUGAUUGGCGGCAGCCGGUCUUUUACUACAGACGAGUGAGGAAGAUGAGUAACAGCGAGCUGGCCUUCCUCCUCUUCCUCAUCCUCACUGUGGGACACUACGCCGUCAUCUGGUCCAUUUACCUGGAGAAACAGCUGGAUGAACUGCUGAGUAAGAAGAAGAAAGAGAAGAAGAAAAAGCUGAGCUCCAGACCUGCAGACGACCUCAGGUGUAUCAGCCAGGACCGUCCCGACAGAGUUCUGGACCGUCCUCACUGGCAGGAUAUCCUCCCUCUGAAGCUCAGCAUCUGGCUCUACCUGUCCAUCAAAAACCUGCCACAGACUGUCCAGGAGGUGAAGCAGUACUAUGAGGACUACCAGCAGAUGAAGCAGCAGCAGAGAGAAGAAGCUGAAGCAGAACAGGAAGUUGUCCCAAGAGAGAAGAGGCCGAAGGUGAAGAAGCCGAAGGUGGAGUUUCCUGUGUACGAGCCGACCUCAGAGAAUUUCCAGAAUUAUGACCAGACAACGUCCAUCGAGGAGAUCGAGGAUCAGAUGGACGACUGGCUGCAGGACCGCAGAGUCUCGAAGAAGAAGGUUGCUGAUUGGACGGAUGAGGAGCUCAGCCUCCUCAGCAGGUUGAUGGUUAAAUUCCCUGGUGGAUCUCCAGGUCGCUGGGACAAGAUCGCUCAAGAACUGGGCCGAUCGGUGACUGAUGUGACGACUAAAGUCAAACACAUGAAAGACAACGUGAUUCACACCUCAGGUCUGGUGAAACUCUCGGAGCUGAAGGGACCUCCUCUUCCUGUGAGAUCACUUCCUGUUCCUGACAGUGUGAUGACUCAGAGAGGGGGCGGAGCCUGUGAAGAGGAGGAGGAGGAGUCAGCUGCGACAGUCCGGAGGAGAAACAGGAAAUCUGCAGCAGCCGAAGGUGGGGAGUUGAAGGCAAGAGGACGUCGGCAAAAAGAUUUUGACCCGAUGGCAGUGGAGGAAGAGGAGGUGGAGCCUCAGGAGAAUAAGGAUAAGGCGGACCCCACCAUCUGGACUCAGAACCAGCAGAAACUGCUGGAACUUGCUCUGCAACAGUUUCCUCGAGGAACCACAGAACGCUGGGACUGCAUCGCCAAGGUGGUCCCAGGGAAGAGCAAGGAGGAGUGUAUGAUUCGUUAUAAGAUGUUGGCGGAGCUCGUUCAGAGGAGGAAACAGGCCAAAAACUGACCCUCAUUUUGCCUCCUCCUGCUCUGACCUCCUGACAGGUGAAUCAUCUGACAGGUGAAUGACCUGUCACCUGACUGUGUUUAAUUGUUCUGUCCAAGUGAGCUGCCUGCUGAUUGGGUAGAAUUCUACAUGUGUUUUUUAUGUGUGAUGUGGCGUCUCACCUGCUCAGGUGUGUUUUUAUAACUCAUGUCAAAGGAAGCAGGUGACUGACCUCUGACCUCACAGCUUCAUGUGCCUUAGAUCAUUCAGCAUGCUGUCAAUCAACUUCUGUUCAUCUGAUCAAUAAAAAGUAUUUAUUACCUGC